UUGCGCAGUACGUUUUCCACGGCCCUGGCUGUUGGCUGUUGUGUUGUUGUUGUUUUGACAUUAAAGUGGCUGAAAGAGAAAAAAUAACCAAGUUAAUUAUAUCCAGAUCCUGUUGUAUGAGGUUACUGGGUGAGCCCCUCCCUGCCAUGAGAGCUGACCACAAUAUCACCACCCCCCCCUCCUUCUGCAGUUGAUGGAUCUGCAGCUGGUCCAGAGAUGACAGACAGCGUCAGGGCCUUCCUCCGCAAUGUUGCGACGGGGAUCAAGGACUCCAUAUUGGGGAUUGGAACAAUCUCUAAGCUGGAUACUCGCAUCCAGCAGAAAAGGGAAGAGCAGCGGAGGAGAAGGGCAAGCGGAGCUCUGGCUCAGAGAAGAGCACAGAGCGAGGAGCGCAAACCAGACAAUGAACCUAAAGUAGCCAGCAGGAUUGUUCAGUGCUGUGCCUGGAAUGGAGGAGUGUUCUGGCUCAGUCUGUUUCUCUUCUACCGAGUGUUUAUCCCAUUGCUGCAGACUCUCACAGCAAAGAUCAUCGGUGACCCCUCCCUCCAUGGCAGUGUGUGGUCCUGGUUAGAGUUCAUCCUCACCUCCGUCUUCAGUGCUCUCUGGGUUCUCCCUUUGUUUGUCCUCAGCAAGAUAGUCAACGCCAUCUGGUUCCAGGACAUUGCCGACCUAGCAUUUGAAGUGUCUGGCUGUAAAGCUCAGCCAUUCCCCAGUGUCAGUAAGAUCAUUGCGGACAUGCUGUUUAACCUCCUCCUCCAGGCACUCUUCCUCAUUCAGGGUAUGAUUGUGAGCCUCUUUCCCAUUGAUGCCAUUGGACAGAUGGUUAGUCUCCUGCACAUGUCUCUGCUCUACUCCCUCUACUGCUUUGAGUAUCGCUGGUUCAACCAUGGCAUUGAGAUGCACCAACGGCUGUCUAACAUUGAGAGGAACUGGCCCUAUUACUUCGGUUUUGGUUUACCAAUGGCUCUGCUCACUGCUCUGCCCUCCUCAUACUUCAUCAGUGGCUGCUUGUUCUCCAUCCUCUUUCCUCUAUUCAUCAUUAGUGCUAAUGAGGCUAAGACACCAACUAAGCUAUACCACUUCCAGCUGCGUCUCUUCUCCCUGGUCGUGCUGAUCAGCAACAAGCUUUUCCAUAAAACGGUCCACCUGCAGUCCUCCCUGUCGUCAUCUGCCUCCUCAGAGAGGCUGUCCUCCCCCCACACAUCUCCCUCCCGCCAGAGACUCAUGCCCACCCAGUAAUGGAUCUACGUCCAAGGAGAUGAGGAGUAGCUUCACUCAACAUGGGAAAAAAAGAGGAAGCGAUUCUUCCAGAAGGAUUCCGCUUAAUGAAGACGACGAUGUAGCUUAGGACGAAGGGUCUCUGUGUUUUUAUCUGAUCUAUGGCCCUCUGGUCAUUCAUUUGUAAAAAUUGACUGCCCUGUGCCUCACACUCAAAAAACACAUUAUAUACUCCACUAUAGACUUUUUGUCCUGUGGGUUUUCUUUCUUUAUUUUUUGGAUAUUGUGCCAUUUGAGUGGAUCUCCUUUAGUAAAUCACAGCACAAGAUAGAGGUUUAUUCUGUCUCGACAAACUUGUGACUAAAGGAUUUUUUUACAUUUACUUUUGAUGUGCUUCCUUUGCUUUCUAAAGCAAUGCACACUCUUGUUUUACCCAUAAUACAUGACACGUCACAUCCCCUCCUCAUGUGUCCUCAUGGGUGUCUCUCUUAAAUGAUGGUGCCCCAGCAGUUCCAGGAAUGACCUUAAACGGUUAUGGGGGUGGGGGUAUUUUAUUUUAAAAUGUAGGAGCUGCUAUCAUACGGACUUAGUAUUAGAAAUCAAAUGUUCCACCCGUUGUGUGUUAAUGGAAAGUUUGUCUGGUGCCUCAUCCCAAAUUCAGAUGUAACUCCACUGUCUGAGGAGAUGCACAUUUUAUAAAUGACAAGGUGACACCAGCAAAGUAAAGGCUGCAACAGUGUUUUAGAAAGUGAUAGGUGAGAUAACACUGCCAAACUGCAAUAUUUAUGUUUUGUUAUGUUCACUUCAACAAUUACAAUGCUAAGAUGUGUAGUCAAUAAGUUAACACAAACAUCAAAUACAUUCUGAAUGAAGCAGAAACCCUCCACUAUUUGUCAGCCCACUUAACACGUUUUUACUCACUCACUCAUCAGAGGGGAGGGAUCUUGAGUUUGAAAUGGUGUGCAAUUAUUGUGUGAGGGACACAGUGUUUGUGCAGACUGAUAUUUGUGAGUGAGGUUUUGUAAAAGUUGUGCGUCUAAUUUCAAUAAAGUUGAUCAGUAAUCAAGA